CAUAUGUUUCUCACAAUAUUCCUUAUUAGUGUUAUAGUUGUUUGUUUAGAGUAGUUUUAGUCGAGAGACUUUUUUUUAUUUAUUCGUGCAAAAUGGCUCUUUGGUUGACGGAGAUGAAGACCAUCUCCCAACAGGGGAGGAAGUCAAGUUCGUCUAGCGAACCGGAGUCCGAAUCUACCAAAUCGACCGAUAGUUUUUUUCUCGAGCCGGACAUUGUUCUUGGAAAUAUUGGAAAGUUCUUUUUUCCUGAUGAUGAAAUUGCGACGAAUUUCCUCUCUCUUAUGGCUGGGCAUAUCAUGAAAUCGAUGGAAAGUUCAGACUAUAUGCGAAGGGUCGACAUAAAACCUGAGAUUCAUGUGUCCGCGGACGUUCAAAAUUCUAUUCCACAAAGCGACUCGGGCAGAUCGGUCGUGGUGGAAAAAUGUGUUAAGAGAAAAAAAAAAACAGGACUAAAGAGAAAGUCGAGAAUGUACAAGUCCAUUUCAACGACAAAAUCGUCUGUCCAGUCGUUCCGAGCUCCAAAAUUCUUAUCGACUGAUACCAAAGGUUCACUAAUUGGUAAGGACGAAGCUGAAGGGGCACAUACCCCGGUGAGAGUCAGAAGCGAAACGGAACCAAUAAGUGAAGAAUUUGAAGUCGAUAAAAAAACAUUGAGCGAAGGAGACCUUCUCUUAAAAGAACUUGCGUAUUACCCGGCUAAAUCCUAUCUGGGAGCGUUAUACAUAAAUAGGAAGCUUCUGAAUUGGACCUAUAAGGAAAGAGAUCAAAGUGUAGAAAUCUUUUUUAAAAACGGAGAUAGAUACAUCGGACGUAUAUCUAGAAUGGUAAUGGAAGGUGAGGGUAAAUAUAUAUGGAGCGACGGUACCAUUUACGAAGGUUCAUUUAAGGAAGGGACGGCACAUGGCAAGGGCAGUAUCUUGUGGCCAAACGGUUCCUGGUACGAGGGAGACAUGCGGUGUAAUUUGAGGGAGGGACACGGCAUCACUCACCGUAUCUCCACUCACGGGGAAAUGUAUCAUUAUGGACUUUAUCGCGCUGGGAAAAAACACGGAAAAGGAGUGCUCGUCUACGGAGAAAACAACUGGUACGACGGCGAUUGGAAAUUCGGAAAAAGGUUCGGUUUUGGUACGAGACUAUACGGAAAUGGUGCCUUGUACAGUGGCCAUUGGAACAGCGGUUUGAGAAGCGGGCAAGGGACUAUGAUAUGGGCUAAUAACGACAUAUACACCGGCCGUUGGAAAAUGGGAUAUAUGCACGGCGUUGGAAAGUACACAUGGGGGGCGUUCAGGAACACAACAUUUGUCGCUCCACAUUUGAACGUUUUCACUGGGUCGUUUUUCGAAGGAAAGCGCCUCGGUUUCGGCCAUCUCCAAUUGACCUCUGGGGCAACCAUAUACACAACAUGGUACAACAAAGAAAAAUACGGAAAUGGGGAAAUUAUUUGUCGAAACGGUGAUACCAUAUUUGCAAGGAACUUAUUUUUCGAAGACAAAUGCGUUGAGGUUGAUCUGACUGGCAUAGUUGACAAUGAAAACAGUGACACGUUAUCUAAUGAUUUUGAAUUAAUUAAUUUGAUGGAUGAUAGGGAAGUGAGGGAGAGGGUCAAGCCCAGGACAAUAAAUCUCAACAGUCCAGUUCACAAGAUGGAUUUCACAAAACAUAUUAACAAGCUUUUCGAGAUUGACUACGAUCUCAGUAUUCCUUUGAGUCCGCAAGACCCGGUUUGCACAGUGGACGAAGGCCAGUGCGAGGCGAUAAGACAACUGGAAAACGAAUGGCUGGAAAAAGUCAUAAUGCAGAGGAUGGCGGAUCUCACAACUGUCUACACAUUUUACAGUACCAUCGGAGUGCGCAACGAAGUGCCUAAAUUUAAAACAGUCAUGCUCAGAAUCAUGCUGUAUCAGUUGUUGAGAGACUGCGGCAUUAAAGAGACGAACUUCAAUGCAGUGCAAUUAGAUCAAAUGGUCGGAAUUGGUUCUAAUCCAUUGGAUAAAGUGAUGAUGUACGAGAUGAUUCACUAUCUCAUGACGUUCUGCAUGCUGACAAGAUUGGAACCGAGAAAAUUGAACUCAAAGAUCCCAGGAGUGAUUGCCGCAACGUUCGACCGCUUUAUAGACGAAGUCGUACUCAAAGCAAUGGAAAAAUAUGAUGGGACGUUUCUUAAAUUUUUGAAACACAUUCCCCUUCAAAGUGUGUACAGGUUGUACCAAACUUUCGAGAUACCACUGAGAAUCAAAGACCUCUGUAAAAGACUUUUCAACCCGAUUGCUGUAUUCAGCGACAAAAUGCCAUUCACUCCUGAGUAUUUUAAAUACAUUUUACAAGGCACCAAUACAAUUUUUCCCGACGGUUCAUUUGGUUACAUACCAUUUGAAGAGCCAUUUGUGGAUAUAAAAAAGGAGUCGUUGAAGCACGAAAACAUCCCAUCCGCAGAGUUUGGCAUAUUCGCCGACCUCGGUUUCGAGAAUGUGGUCAGGUGCAUUUCCGAGGUGGUUCCGGAGGCUAUGAAUGACCAAGGCCAGCUCGACGGCAAUUAUAUGCUCUCCUUUCUAGAUUUUUGUGAUAUCCUCGUAAACCUCGCGACACAGUAUUUGGACCUUUGCGAAGAGUUUUACAGGGCAGUGAGCUUCAUGGAUAACUCGACGAUGCCCCUCCUCCCAGAGGAUUACGAUUUCGAAUUGAAAUUCAGGAAGAAAAGGGCCAGCAGAUCUUCAUCACGCAAGUCCACCAACGACUGGAUAAGCCAGAUGAAAGCAAUGUUUUCUAGCUUUGAAGAACGGGAAGAACCUGGACCCUUCAUACCAAACUGCCCAUGGAUACCGAAUAAAAAGAAAAUCAGAGACUUAGAGAUUUUUGACUGAACAACUAAAGCCAAAAAUAAAAAUAAAUUUUACACUA